UGUAACUAUAUGUGUGUGUAUAUCAAACUCGUGAAACAUUAAGAUUAAUCGUGUUUUAGUGAAUAUAAUUAAACGAAAAACAACAAUCGUCGAGCUCAUUAAUAUUAAUUAAUCGACGAAAAUCCGAUGAUGCGGAAAAAUAAUAAUAAAAUAAACACGUACACUAUAAUACACCCCACACUAAUUAUUGUAUUUUAGUGUUAUAAUAAUUAUUUGCAUACCUAUAUUAAUAAUGAUGAUGAUGUCGAUCAUAAUCUCAACCGUCUGAUGAUCAGCAGGUGGUUCUCCGCUAUUUUUGAGCACGUCCGACGUGUUCAACUACCAUCACUCGACGCACAUGCACAUACAACCACCUCCUCAUCCACCCCCGCAUUCACCGCCGCCACCACUACUGCCACCGACGAUAACCAUUAACAAGGAUCAUCAGGACGGAGAUGUCUCAGAAUUAAAGACCGUCGCAUCUUUAGGCCAAGACGGUAAUGGGGGAGGGUACGCCGGAGUCACCGCGCCGCCACAACCCCAGCGCAGGGGGGCAUUGCAGCUUUGGCAGUUUCUAGUCACGUUACUGGACGACCCGAACAACGCGUCGUGUAUCGUAUGGACCGGGAGGGGUAUGGAGUUUAAACUGGUCGAACCGGAAGAGGUGGCUAGACGAUGGGGAUUACAGAAGAACAGACCGGCAAUGAACUACGACAAAUUGAGCCGGUCACUCAGGUAUUAUUACGAAAAGGGGAUCAUGCAGAAAGUGGCUGGUGAGUAAAUAUAAAUAUUAACAUACAAUAACAAGUUGAUGUGAUUUUUCAUAAAUUUGAAAACAAAACGAUGAGAUUGUAUAAUAUAACGUAUCGUAUAAUACUUACGGAGAGAUAAUGAUUGCGGCACACAGUUUCCCUGUUAAUAUUUUUUAUACUGCACAUAGCUGUUAUGGGGAAUGUUGAGA